UCCGUGUGUUUCUCUCUCUUAGGGUUUGUGCGUUCGCAAUCACAAUCGAAUCGAUCGAUGAAGUCGUCACUGAGGAAGCUGCGAGGGUUCGCGCUCCAGGCCACAGGCCGGAGGGAAUUCCACCCCCCGCCGGCGCGCAACGAUGAGCUUGCCCGGGCUGUGCAGGACAUGCAAGACAUGAGAAGUUGCUAUGAUAGUUUACUUUCUACAGCAGCUUCAACAGCAAAUAGUGCUUAUGAAUUUUCGGAAUCCCUGCGUGAAAUGGGUACUUGUCUGCUUGAAAAAACUGCUUUGAAUGAUGAUGAAGAAACAGGAAGGAUCUUGUUGCUGCUUGGGAAAGCACAGUUUGAACUUCAGAAACUUGUUGAUAACUAUCGUAAGCAUAUUAUCCAAACUAUUACUACACCAUCAGAGUCUCUUCUCAAGGAACUUCAGACUGUUGAGGAGAUGAAACGCCUGUGCGAUGAUAAAAGAGAUUUGUACAAAUUCAUGUUAGCAGCCCAAAGAGGAAAAGGAAGGUCUAGAAACUUGAAAGGUGAAAACUUCUCAACCCAACAGUUGCAAGAGGCUCAAGAGGCUUAUGAUGAGGAGGCUACCCUGUUUGUAUUCCGUUUAAAAUCAUUGAAGCAAGGGCAGUCUCGUAGUCUUCUAACGCAGGCUGCUCGGCACCAUGCUGCUCAGUUAAGCUUCUUUAGGAAAGGUGUUAAAUCUCUCGAGACUGUAGAACCACAUGUUCAACUGGUUGCUGAACAACAGCAUAUUGAAAUUCACUUCAGUGAACUCGAAGAUUACACAGAUGAUGAUGAUGAUGAUGAUGACGAUGACGAUGAUGAUGAUGAUGGUGUUUAUUAUGAGGAUAGGGAAUCAUUUUUGAACUGUAGGCGAAAUGCUCGUGGACGAGAUUCGUCAACAUUUAGGACUUCAAUGGAGUUAGAUCAGAUAGAACGUACAAGAUCUCCUACUUUAGCUGCUGAAGCUUCACAUGAAUAUCGUGAUAGAAGUCGAGCAGAUUACCUCUCUUUCAGUCAGGAGCCCAGUUCUGGCACGCAAUCCGCACCACUUUUUACUGAUCAAAAGUUUGAACCGUCCAACAGAAUAAAAGCAUUGAAACCCUCACCAACAAAAAAGUUCAACACGUAUGUUCUACCUACUCCCAUCGAUGCUAAAAGCAUAAAUUUAGCAGGCUCAAGUGAGCUGGUUUCUACUUCUAUGCUGGACAACCACGAUUAUUAUCCCACAAAAUUGUGGCACUCAUCUCCUCUAGAUCCAAAUAAAUAUGUGAAGGAGUUUAGAGAUGAGGAAGAAUCAAGCCUCACCAGAUUACUGGAAGCACAAUCAAUACUUAGGGAGACCAAAGCUAAUAGUGGUCCUCUCAAAGUGCCUCCUCCAUUGGCUGAGUUUUCUCCACCCCAGAUUGAUCCCCGCAUUGCUUCUGAUCCUAAGAAAAUCAAAAGAUAUAUCGACUCUGUUCCCUUGGCAAGCAAGGCUUCAAGCAAACCAAGGUUUCCAGCAACGUCUGCAGUUUCGUUACAUGGCUCCUCAGCUCAGUCCUAUGUAUCUCAAAAAAAAUCUCCGGGUGCUUCACCUCCCAUUCCAUCACCAAAGAUUAAUGAGUUGCAUCAACUUCCAUUACCUCCAGUCAGUUUAGCAAGAGGAAGAAGACCCGGUUUGAUUGGUCAUUCAGCUCCUCUGGUUCCUGGUGGUCAAGAUCUUUAUGCAGCAAGCAAAAUGACAUCACAGAAAGCGUCUCCACUGCCAAAACCGCCUGGGGCUAUGGCGCGCAGUUUUUCUAUACCGUCUAGUAGCCAAAGGAAGCCAGAGUUAACAGUGGCUAAGCUGCUUGAGGAACCUCAUAAUCCAGACAUGAUUGGAGAUACUGCUUCACCAAUAACUCCAAGGUCCCCAACAGUCAACAAGAAUUCUAAAGAAAAUGAAAGAGAUGCUCUUCGACUGAGUUGAUGAUGAUUUUUGGAUAUCUGGACAACUGCAUGUAUAUAGUAAGUAAUCUGUGCAUUCUGAUUUGCCCUCUCAUGAUCCUUGGCAGCUAAUUUUUUUAUUCAUUUAUUAAAAUUUUCAUACUAGAAGUUGUCCAUUUUUUGUUUCCUUUGUGAUUCUGUGUUUCAAUGCGAGGCAAAGUGUUAGUAUUUAGUUGUCAUAUUGUUUCUGUUUAGGUGAAUAUGAUCCAAGUUCAGCACAGUUUUAAUCCAACACUUCUUUCAUUUUCCUCUCCAUUUGAAUGGCCCUUUUUUUUCCGCUUUAAAGGACAUGCGACCCUUGAAAAAUAUUUGUUGAUAUAUAUAUAUAUAUAUAAGUUG